AUGGAGAUGAGCUAUUGGCUAGAGAAUAAUUGGGUGUGGGAUCUUAGAUGGAAGGAGAGGAUUACUAGUGAGGAUGUUUUGAAACUUGGGGUGAUGAAGCAUAUUAUCUCUUCUUUCCCGCUAAUCAAAGGGAAAAAGGACUCAUGGGUAUGGAUUGUGGAAGGAGAUGACCAAUAUUCUGUAAAGUCUGCCUAUGACAUUAUCUCUGGUUUGGACACUAUUGUUGGCAUAACAGUGUUUAGUAAAUUGUGGAAGGCAUGUGCACCUUCGAAUGCAGUGGCAUUAUGUUGGCGCCUGUUGUUUGAUAGAAUCCAGACAAAGGAAAAUUUAGUUCGAAGGCUGUUAGAGUCCCACAUUGGCUAG